GGCCUCUGGCCAGCGCGACGGUUUCUCGCGUUGCCGUGGAAACCACUGGCCAGCGAGGCUCCGGAGGGAAAGACGCGUCUGUUCAAGAUGGCGAAGGACCUGGACGAGCUUCUGGAUGAAGUCGAGACCAAGUUCUGCAGACUCGACCCCCUGAGGCUGGAUCAAAAGCCCAAAGGCGGCGGCGGCGGCAGCACGUACAGCAGCGACCGGAACGGAGCCCAGGAGAAAGAGACUCUCAGAUCAACAGAAACAUUUAAAAAAGAAGAUGAUCUUGACAGUCUUAUUAAUGAAAUAUUCGAGGAGCCUAACUUUGACAAAAAAUCUUUUCAAAAAUUUAAAUCUAAAUCUUCAAGUAACACAACUGUCAGAGCUCCCCUCCAAGGCCCCAGUAAAAGUUGCAGCCCAGUGUAUCUCAGUGGAAGCGCCAUUCCAUGUGGGAUUGGAACAAACACUUCACAGAGAGCAUGUGACCGACUGCGAUGUGUAGCCUGUGAUUUCUGGAUAGUGAGCUACAAUGACUAUAUGUGGGACAAGUCAUGUGAUUACCUGUUCUUCAGAAACAACAUGCCAGAGUUCCACAAACUCAGAACAAAGCUGAUCGAGAAGAAAGGAGCACGGGCGUAUGCCUGCCAGUGUAGCUGGAGAACUGUUGAAGAACUCACUGACCUGCAGACAGACCAUCAGCUUCGCUGGGUCUGUGGUAAACACUGAGGAUGCAGAGCGUUCACAUCCCAGCAGCUGCACCCGUGAGGACAAACUGCACGCACCAACCCGAGUCCCAGUGCACAGCGGUGCUGUGCCCUUGGGAAAAGGCACUGCAUUCUGUGUAACUGCACACAUUUUUUGAAGACAAUGGACUGGAAAAGACACGUGUACUGUGACACCUUGCCGUUCUUCCUUUUGAUGUGGACAUUUUACUUAGUAGGUUAAAAUACCUGCAUUCACCAGCCUGUCUCCUUUUAGGGAUUGAAAUUGUGACAUUUCAUGCAAAUUUCCAGCUUUUCCCUAGCAACUGCCAUACUGACUGCUCACCCACUCCAAAGGUCCCUCAUGUAUCAUGGUCAUGAAUGAGUGCCCACUGGCAGCGCAGAGAGGUCACUGUAUGUGGGUGUUCGUCACUCUUCCUGUUCUGAUCCACCAUCAUCAGAGACUAGAAGUUGAACAUGACAAAAAGCAGGUCACCACUGGUUAACCGAGUCAAGAGUCUGGGGACAUUGUGAACCCCGCCUUAUAUGUAUCUCCUCACCAGCUCAGUUCAGUAUUUUGCAUAAUAGUAAUAGUGAUGAUGUUGCCAGUUUUAGCAUAUUUCCCUCCUUUGCUCAUUGAUCAAAAGUUGUUUAGUUUUCUAUUAGCAAACAUCUGUUUAUACAUAUAAGAUUUUUGAUGCAGCUAAAGUUACUAAAAUCCUGCAAAUAAGUCAUUGUUGGACUUUUCAAGUAUGCUCCAUAACUGUGAAUGAGCAGCCGUGAGAUGAUUCUCAGACGACCUAUGGACUUUCCAGCAGAUCAGGUUGGUCCGUUCUUUACCGAAGCAUAGAGAAGCGAUGGGUAGCCACUGGGCUCUGCUGAUAUCACUGAGAUGGGAGGAACUGUAGCAUAGUACCAUGCAUUACCUCAGUUUUACCUCCAAGCCCCAUAGCCGUUUCAGGGUUUUUCUAGUCUGCCAGAAUUCUAUUCUGUGUGUCCACUUCCUGUUGUGUAUUACUUAAGUGAGUGACACGGGGCACUCUGAAAGGAUGUUCAUUUUAGCACAAAUAUGAUCUGCUUGCUUGUCUGUUGACUCCGUCCUUGCCACCAAGCAAACGUCUGAUCGCUGAAAGCUCUUUCCUAGCAUAGGGUGUAGCUCCCAAAUAGAGUACUUGCACUGCAUGCAGGGCCCUAAGUUUAUUCCCAGUAGUACAAAAGAAAAAAGAAAGACGGAGAGGCAAGUUUUGCCUGACCAUGACACACUUAUGUACUUAAAAAAACAUUUAAUUACAGCAAAAGAGAUUUCAAAGUGGCUGAUGCUCAAAUUCUUGUAUUAAGAUAUAUUUACAGAUUUUUCUUUCAAUAAACUAACUUA